AAAAAAAAAAAAGUGGAAUUUAGUUAAGAAGUUGGGCAACCGUUAAGGAAUUUGCAUUUGACUCCGUUGAGCUCUCUCGAACUCCCAGAUAGACCAUAUUAUCGGGGAUGUAUUCGCCUAGUCCUCUUGCGGCGGCGCGUACGCGCGUGGGAUCUUCAUCUGACGUCGACCCCGGUGGACUGGAAUCUUCUCUUCUGCAAUUAGUUCACGAUCACCAUCAAUCCUCUCUCAGACUUCGUCAAAUUAAUGAGAAGGGGAAGAAGGACGCGAUCAAGAACGCCGCUAGGGUUUCGAAUCUAUUGGUGGACGCAGUAAAUGGUGGGGUUCAAGAAUGCUUUGUUAACGAGAAGCGAAUUGAGCUUGAAAUCAGGGCUUUGACUGCCACCAUUACUCGAUUCAUGAAGCAGACCGAUCAAUGGCUCACUGCCACCCACGCUUUUAAUAGCGCCGUUAAGGAAAUCGGAGACUUUGAGAAUUGGAUGAAAACCAUGGAAUUUGAUUGUAAAAGUGUUGUUGCAGCUAUCCACAAUAUUCAUCAAGAAUGAAUCACGACAAUUUCUUAUAUCUGAACAAUGAUAAUACCUUAUAGUGUACAUAAUUGUUUUCACAUGAAUACAAGUUAAAGUGCAAACAAAUGAAGAGUUCAUUCAUUUUUGCUGGUUACUGAGCCAUUUGUGUACAAAAUUAUUUAUUUAAUUUUUAGGUCAUCUUGAAGCAUAGUGUGCAGCA